AUGGCCCUAAGGAUCUGUUCAGCGUAUCGUACGAUAUCAAGAGAUGCCCUGUUGGUUAUAGCUGGGCCGAUCCCGCUGCAUUUAGCAGCUGAGGAAAACAACGACGAGGUACCUAUCAAAAAAUGGCAAGAGGAGUGGGAUACAUCCGACAAAGGAAGGUGGACUAGAAAGUUAAUACACAACGUGGAGGACUGGACAAGUAGGAAAUACGGAGACGUGGACUAUUACAUUAGGCAGUUUCUUUCCGGGCAUGGAGUCCUCAUGGACUUCUUGCACAGAAUAAAGAAAAUACCAAAUGGCAACUGCAUGUACUCCGACGAAAUCGACGAUGCCGAGCAUACGUUGUUCUGCUGUCCAAGAUGGGAAAACGGAAGGUCUGCCUUAUUGUCGGAUGUAGGAAUGAUAACUUCGGACACCUUGAUUAUGAAAAUGACCAAAACUAGCGAAAUAUGGGGAAAGGUAGGGGCAUUUAUGAAAGAAAUAAUAAUAGAGAAAGGAAAAGAUGAAAAGAUGGUAAGAACUUAUAAACACCGUACAGAUAGACGCUCUUGGUCAGAAGACGUGCUUAUUGCCGCGUUGCACUCUAUUUUGCACGACCAUAAGUCAGUUAAUGCUGCCAGUAUUGAGCAUGGAAUCCCGGAAGCAACAUUAAGACGUUAUAUAAAAAAGCAAAAUAACAACGAACCAAUUCCUCUUAGUGGUGGGAGAUUCAGAAGAACGUUUUCUGAUGCUCAGGAAGCUCAGUUUGUGACCUACCUAACUGACCUGAGUAUUAGAGCAUUUGGAAUUACAUCAGUACAAUUUAGAAAACUAGCCUACGAAUUCGCUGAACUUAACAACAUAAACCAUCAGUUCUGCAAAACCACAAAAUUGGCAGGCACGGACUGGCUUAAGUCGUUCAUGAGUAGACAUAGGAUAAGUCUUAGGACCCCAGAGUCGACUUCGCUGGGACGAUUAUUCGGAUUUAAUAAAGUUGAAGUAACUAGAUUUUUUGAGUUACUUAGAGAAACUAGAUUAAAAUACAAUUUUACUGCUGACCGCAUUUAUAAUGCAGAUGAAUCGGGAUUAUCAACGGUUCCCAAUAAAAAGCCAAAGAUUUUAUCGCCCACUGGUUCUAGGAGAGUAUCAAAAGUUGCUAGUGGUGAGCGUGGAAAAAACACCACCGUUGUAUGUGCCAUGAACGCCCAAGGGAGCUACGUUCCACCCUUUUUUAUUUUUGGAAGAGUUAGGAUGCGACCAGAUCUUUUAAAUGGAUGUCCUCCAAACUCUGCUGGUAUAGCUCAACCCAGUGGAUGGAUGAAUACAGAAGCCUUUGUCCUAUACCUUAAACAUUUCGUGAAAUUUGUUCGCCCAAACACAGAGACACCCGUAUUGUUGAUCGUUGACAAUCACUCGUCUCACACUUCACUGGAAGCUAUCAAUUAUUGUAGGGAUAAUGGAGUGGUUAUGUUGGGACUACCCCCGCACAGUACCCACCGCCUACAACCGUUGGACGUUGGGUUUUUUGGACCUCUCAAGACUUUCUAUAGCCAGACUUGUGAUAACUAUUUGGUAAACCACCCGGGAAAACAAAUCACCGAUAAAGAAGUUGGUAGGUUGUUCGGGCAAGCUUAUCUAAGGGCUGCAACUGUGGGAACAGCUAUAAAAAGUUUUUCCGCUUGCGGCAUUGAGCCUUUUAAUGCUGAAAUCUUUGGAGAUUCCGAUUUUGCGCCUUCUAUGGUGAGUGAGAGGCACGUAACUGCGGACAACGAGUUCUUAAGCAGUGACGAUGAACCACUAGCAGUUCCUGGGUCUUCAGGCUCAAAUAGAAUUGAUCAAGCCAAAACAAAAAACAAUGAAAUACAAGAUGGUAAACCACCAGCGGUUUUCAACAAAACUGAGCCAGAAAAGCUUGUGAAUUUAAUUCUCCCAGGACCCUCAGGAUUGAAUAAAAUGGAUUCUGCAAAGAAUAAAAACUAUGAAACACCAGAUGUUGAACCCCCAUUGCUUUCCAAAAAAAAUCAGCCGGCAAGGUCAAUGAAUUUGUCCCUUCCUGGACCUUCAGGCCUACAGCAAAAAAAAUCUGCAAAAAACAAUGAAGCACAAGCUCUUGGCACUAUGAGUUCAUCCAGCUCCAGUCAAACAAUCUCUAAUGUUGAUAGUCGAGUUACGCUACUUGAAAUGAGACCCUUUCCCAAAUAUACACGUCCCAUAAAAACUACCAAAAGAAUUAAACAAAGGGCUUCUGUUAUCACCUCAACACCCAACAAAGAAGAACAGGAAAGAAAAAACAAUGAAAAAAACUUAAAAGAAAUUAAAAGAAGGAAGGUUGAUUCUGUGAAAGUCAAGAGAAAUGUAUUUCAAGAAAAUCGUGAAAAGCAGGUAGGAAAGAAGAAGAAAACUAAUGACAUUUUUUGUCCUGGCUGCCAGGAAUCCUAUAUUGAGCCUCCUACAGAAGACUGGAUUCAAUGUAACACGUGCGAGAGUUGGUGGCACGAGUCGUGCACAGCCUACGAAAAAGAUGGCACAUAUACCUGCGACAUUUGUUUAUAA